GUUUUGGGGGUGAGGGCUGUAAUUCUCCUUGCACUUCCGCUUCAUGUGUGUGAUGAUGGGGAGAACCUUCUGCAGACAAUGGUACCCAGGCUCAUUCUGUGAAGGUCUCCCUCUCUGUCCCCCUUUCUCUGUCAUGCUUGUCUCUGAUUGAGCUGCAAUGCCAUCCUCCUCGUUCGUCCAGUCCACAUCACUCUCACUACUCUCUGAGCUCUCCAUUUCUCCCGGACUACUGGCAGCAGGGAUUGGCUCUGGAUCUACAAGAUUUUUACUAGCUCUAACCUUUUUAGUCUUAUUUUUUUGGGCUAUUCUUGCGUGCAAAAAAACAUACCAUCAUGCAUCUGCUCAGAUUCUGACUCAUGGACAUCAGAGUCCCACUCCAUCCCCAGGUCAUCAUCACUACGGACUCGGGGUCCUCUCCGGCGAAGAACUGGAUCACUGAGAUGCGCUGUGCCACCGCGUGGGUGUAGCUAGCAGAAACUAGGAGGAGCUGAAACGAGCAAACAGGCGUGGGUGUAGCUAGCGUUGCAGCGGCGGUACUGCGCAAGCCCGCGCGUUUGGUCAUGAUGACGUAUGUACCCAAAAGGUCACGGUUUUAGUCUAUUUGUGGGCAAAGUAAUAUCCAAAAAGCCUCUAAGCACGAGUGAAAACGCUGGAGGAAGAUGCCGACUCCUGC